GAUGGAUGCUGGCAGCGGGACGUCUGUGAGUAGCCGCCGGCGUUGAGAGAUCCAACACCACGCUGGACCGCACGCGGCUUCUUGAGGCCGUCUUCCCAUCUGUACGAGAACUAAGCCCCUCCCUGGCCCUCCGCGUCCCCGGCAACAUGGCGCAUCGACAGUCGCCAGUGGCGUGGGCGGAGGAGGCCGUCUUCUACCACAUCUAUCCGCUGGGACUCCUCGACGCCCCGCUGCGGAAUGACCACAAGAGCGAGCCCGUCGAGCGGCUGCUCAAGCUCAUUGACCCGCAGGAGGGAUGGCUGGCGCACCUGCAGGAACUGGGCGUCACGGCCGUCUACUUUGGACCACUCUUCGAGUCCACCACGCACGGAUACGACACCGUCGACUAUGGCGUGGUACACACGUGUAUAUGUGUUCGCUCCCACCAGGCAGCACAACAGGCGAUUCCUUCUGCUCUCUUGUCGGCAUGGUGUGUGCGCUGUCAGGUUGACCGUCGUCUGGGCACCAACGACACCCUGCGUCGUGUGGUUCGUGAGUUCAAGCGUCACCACAUCCGUGUGGUCUUCGAUGGCGUCUUCAACCACGUGGGCGAGAAGUUCUUCGCCAUGCAGGACAUCCUCGAGAAGCGCGAGAGCUCCCAGUACAAGACCUGGAUCGACGGCCUCAAGUUCGGCCCCCACGGCAAGAUCGACUACAACUGUUGGGGCGGCUUCAAAUUCCUCCCGAAGCUCAAUCUCAAGGAGCCUGCUGUCGCCAAACACCUACUCGACAAGGUGAGAAGAAAGAAGGGCAUGGUGUGUUUGUUCGCUUGAUGGCUGUGUCGGAUGUGUGUGUGUCAGGUUCGGUAUUGGAUUGAGCAUUUCGAGCUGGAUGGGCUGCGUCUGGAUGCGGCCGACUGUGUGGACCUGGCCUUCCUGCGCACACUGCGGGAGCACUGCUACGCACUCAAACGGUCCUUCUGGCUCAUGGGAGAGAUCAUCCACGGCGACUACAACCGGUACGUACGUGCGGUGUGUACCCACACACAAAGGAACACGCCAGUGUGUGUGGCGGCGGGGCGGGGCAUGUUUGUUGUGUGUGUGUGUUGGGUUGGAUUUGAUUGCAGGUGGGCCAACGCGUACACGCUUCAUUCGGUGACGAACUACGAGGUGUACAAGGGCCUGUGGUCGAGCUGCAACGACAAGAACAUGUUUGAACUCGGGCACUCCAUGCAGAGGCAGUUCCAGACAGAGUAAGCGUCAGAUGGCCAUGCAGGCGUCAACUAACACACUCACGGGCCAAGGUCCAUCCCCCACUCCACUGCAUAUAUGUGUGUGUGUGUGUGUGUGUGCAGGGCCGGCAAGUACUACGGCUUAUACUUGUACAACUUCGCUGACAACCAUGACGUCAAUCGGGUGGGGCGGAUACCACAAUGCACUGCAUACGAGAGCUGUAUGUAUUCUGACGUCCGUUGCCUCUCUGCGUGCCUGCAGGUCAUCAGUACGCUCAAGAAUCGUGUGCACGUCUUCCCCCUGCACAUCCUGCUCUUCACCAUUCCAGGAAUUCCGUCCAUCUACUACGGCAGGCAAGAACACACACAACACGACACAACACAAUCACGCCCUCUGCCGUCUUCCAUGAGGGAGUUUUUGGCCCUCUCCCUCUCUCUCUUUGUGGAUGCAGUGAGUUCGGCAUUGUGGGCAAGAAGGCCGAGGGCAGCAGUGACGUCGACGGCCCCCUGCGGCCGGCCUUCUCCCUCCCCGCCGCCAAGAAGGGCCUCAGCACCACGGCAUACCCAUCCCUCGCACACCUCAUCAAGAAGCUAUCGGCCAUCCGGGAGGCAUUUCCCGCCCUCAAGAGGGGCGACUAUUGCGAAGUGGUCCUCAGAAACGAAUACUACGCCCUGGGCAGAAAGGUGAGUGAGGGGAGGGGACGACAGACAGGGGAAGGAAGGCAAUUUGCUGAUGGAAGGAUAUGUUGUGUGCUGUGUUGUGCGUGUGUGCGUGCGUGUGAUGGUCUGUGCGCAGCUGGGCGACCAGGUGGUGGUGGUUGUGGUGAAUGUCGACGACAAGGACGCAACCGUCACCAUACCACAACACGUACGUCACGUGUGUAUGCAGCGCAGCGAGCAGCAACCCCUCUGGUGGACGCCUCUGUCCUCAUGGCUGUUGCCUGCCUGCCUGCCUGCCUGCCUCUGUCUCGCUGUACAGGUGUUUGGUGCAUCGAGCCGUCGCGUUAUGGAUGUGCUCAACAACAGCGAGGUGUUCGAGGCGGCCGGCCACGGUCAUGGACAGCACCAUGGCCAUGGCGGCAUCACCGUCACUGUUCAGCCUGCAUGGGGGCGGAUCCUGGUCAGAAGCCACCUCGCAAUACAUACACAGAGAGAGCCCUGGGGCCAGACAACAAUGAAUGAAUGAAGAGUUUGUUGUGUGAUUUAUGUUGUGUGGUGGUGAUAUUCAGGCUCCCUUGGAGCAAGUGCCCCUGGACGGCGACGCGUCCCCGACCGACAAUUCCCUGACGGCAUCAUUCCACACCAUGACCGUCACGCCACCAGAAUACACACCACCACCAGGUGAGUCAAGAUUGACCAACACACGGGCGAGGACACACAGGGGACACCAGUGACCUGUCCGCCUGCCGCGUGUCUGUUCAGCAGCCGCGCCCCCCUCCCAGCCCCCGACCCGUGCGACCAAGCCGCAGCAGCAGCAGCAGCAGCAAGCCCAGGUGCCCCCACCGAUGCCAGCUCCCCCCCAGCCGCAGGUGGCCCCCGCCCCCCCUCCACCGCGACAGCCACACGCACCAGACGUCCCCGCAUGGGCAAGGGACGGCUUCUUCUACCACAUCUAUCCGCUGGGCUUCUGCGGCGCGCCACACAACAACGACCUCACCGCUGCGCCGGAGGAGCGGCUGCUCAAGGUCAUCGACCCUGAGAAGGACGGGGGCACGUCCUGGCUGGACCACCUGGCCUCUCUGGGCGUGACGGCACUGUAUAUCGGUCCGCUGUUCGAGUCGUCGUUCCACGGCUACGACACGGCCGACUACGGGAAGGUGGACCGGCGGCUGGGGACCGCCGCCACGCUCAAGAAGGUGGUAAAGGCGUGUCACGCCAAGGGCAUCAAGGUGGUGGUCGACGGGGUCUUCAACCACGUGGGCCGGGACUUCUUCGCCAUGAAAGACAUCAUCGAGAAGAAGGACAAGUCGGCGUACGUCAAGUGGAUCUCUGGCGUCAAGUUCGGCAAGGCGGGCGAGGUGGAGUAUGACUGCUGGCACGGGUACAAGGAGCUGCCGAAGCUCAACCUGGGCGAGAGGGAGGUGGUGGACCACCUGCUGGGCAAGGUGGGGGAGUGGAUCGACGAGUACGAAAUCGACGGGCUGCGGCUGGACGUGGCCUUCUGCCUCACCAAGGAGUUCCUCACCGAGCUGUCAACCGUCUGCAAGGGCAAGAAGACCGACUUCUUCCUCCUGUCCGAGGUCAUCCACGACAACUACAAUGAGUGAGCGAAGCGACCCGAGCCACUUAAUUAGGGGGAGGACAGAGAGAGGGCGGGGAGAGGGGGGAGGCAUCCAAAUGAGCGCCAUGUGUCUGUGCCUGUGUGUGUGUGUGUGUGUGUGUGUGGUCAGCUUUGCGUGUCAGGGCCGGACUGAUUCGGUGACGAACUACGAGACGUGGAAGGGGUUUUGGUCGAGCUGCAACGACCGCAAUCUGUUUGAGAUUGCGCACUCACUGCAGAGGCAAUACGACCAACAGUGAGCUGACCGACCCACUGACGAAGGGAGGGAAGCUGUGACUUUGUGAACGGCUGUUGUUGGUCGUGUCUGCUGUGCAGGCAUGGUUUGUUCAAGGACCUGGUCCUCUACAAUUUUCUGGACAACCAUGACGUCAACCGAGUGAGCACUCCACUCACUGCCCUGCCCAACACACACACUCAACGCACACUUGAACCAACCGGUAUGGACGGUUCACUGCAGAUAGCGAGCCACCUGCGCGACCCGGCCCACCUGUACCCCCUUCACCUCCUGCUCUUCACCAUGCCCGGCAUACCCUCCAUCUACUACGGCAGGCAAGACAAGACCAUCGAUGGCCCCACACACACGCACACACAGAGCAGCAGAGCCCUCCAUCCGGCCAUGCCACGUGUCUCGCCUCUCUUGCGUGGCUGCCUGCAGUGAGUUCGGUGUGCAAGGCAAGAAGGGUGUAGGGUCCCCUCCAGGCUACGACGACGCCCCCCUGCGGCCUGCCCUCACCAUGGCCGAGUGUGUGGGCGGCAAGCCGCCCCGCUUCCACCCCGACCUCGUGCCCGUCAUCCAGAAGGUGGCCAAGAUCCGCAGCGAGAGCGCUGCACUCAAGCAGGGCAGCUACCACACCGUCCACAUCGCCUCAGAGGUCUUCGCUUUCGCCAGAGUGGUCAGUUUGGCUUGUCGGCCGGCAGAGAGAGGAGGGAACGAUCAACAUGUGUGACGGCCACGUGUUGUCUGUCUGUGGAUGGAUGGAAUGAAAUGCAGCACGAGAGUGAGAUGGUGGUUGUGGCCAUCAACAUAUCGGGCUUCGAGAAGACCAUCCCACUGCAGGCAAGUGACCUGACCCCAUCUCACACACGAAUUACAUGACCUGCGCAUAGCAUACGGACUCAUCGAUCCGCAUCUCACGCACUCCUGUGUGUCAGUUGAGCAAGGUGGCUGGCCUGACGUCGAUCCCCAUGGGCCCACAGAGCAAGCUGGUAGACGUGCUCAACAACGGUGACUCAUUCGGGCUGCUCGACGCCGAGGAGGAGGUCACCAUCUACCCCACUUGGGGCAGGAUACUCAAGCUCACACUAUGAGAUGGAGUGGUGCGCUGUCCACUUUGGGGAUGUCGCAUCCACACCGCACCGCACGUCACUUCACACACAUACUCGCUAUUUAAGAUGGCCAGCCGAGUUGGUGUGGUCUUUGCUCAUGCUAGCGCUACUGAGUACCUACGGUGGGGACAUGUUGGUCUGGAUGGAUGGAUGGAUGGUCGCUGUGUGGUGUGGUGUGGUGCACAUUGGUGCAGCCACUAGCUAGCGAGGCAGACAGCCUUGUUGUACCUGUUUGUUUCUCCUUGUCUGAUUCUGUAAGUUUUGCCGGCGAGUGUCCCUGUCCCCUGUCUGUAUCAGUGAGUGCAUCAACCCAAUCGAUGACUACUUACUUUAAUGUGUAUACACCUUCCUUACGCAUCCGCCUCUCUCUCUCGCUCUCUCUCUCUCUCUGUGUGUGUGUGUGUGUGUGUGUUUACGCGUUCACUACGCCCGCACAGACGAACCGCAUUGCAGUCAGUCUCCCUCACGUACUUAUAUCACGGUUUUGGCGUACGGUACGCAAUUGAUCCAUCCCUCCAUCCGUCUAUGGACAGAUCGGCAGGUAGGCAGAUAGACAGAUCAGCCUCGCUCGUUGCUCCGAGGUCGGUCAACGGCGCUGUCUCCUGGCCUGCCUGCAUCAUCCUGCUGCCCUCUGGCUGAGAGAAGGGAGACAACACCAUUGACUGACGUACGAAAAGCCAGCGCCGGGGACACCAUAGGGACGCCGCGGUGACGGACGGACACAUACCACAUUAAUUUCAUGCCGGUGUCCAUCAAUGUAAUGUCAG